AUGCUGUCUCGAAGCCUCCGUCAGCUGAGCCAGCCCUCCGUGCGAUCUUUCGCCACCUCCGCCCGACUCCUCCAGAAGAAGGAUGUCCCCGAGGUCGGAGUCAACCUCGACAACGUCCCCGCCCAUGAGAUUGUCAGCGGAGCUCCUGCUGAGCUUUCUCGAAACCGAGUCGUUCGAAUCUACCAGCAGGCCAAGCCCGCCACUCAGAGCGGAGAGUACGGAACCUUUGCCUGGAGACUCGACUGGGACAUUGUCGACGUUGCUAACAGAUGGGAGAACGAUCUGAUCGGAUGGCAAUCUUCCGGCGACUACAUGCAGGCCACACAGAUGAAGUUCACCAGCAAGGAAUCUGCCAUCAAAUUCGCCAACAAGCAGGGCUGGGACUUUUACAUCCAGGAGCCUCACCACCGAAAGUUCCGUGUCAAGCAGUACGCCAACAACUUUGUCCACUCUUACGGCAAGCUCAAACACAUUCGAACCAAGUAA